AUGAAAGUCGAAAGCAACAGCAGCGCCCUUACCGACCCGUUCGCGGCGUCUCAGAUUAUGGGCGAUAAGCUGUUGCAAGGCUGGACCUUGCUGAAUGAGUGUUGCCACAUGUGCAUGGUGACCCCCCUCAUUAAGCAGAAGAACAAAGAGGAGCGAUUCUGUGCCAAGUGCAACGUGUACAUUGUCUCGGAAAACCGAGAAAGGGAUGAAAUUUUGAGCAACAAGGGAAACAGCAACAUGGGUGGAAAGAAAAAGGCCGAACAGGAUUGCCAAAGGGAUGUCCACAUGGACGGUUCCGAAAAUCUGGCUGCCCGAACGAACACUGCAAAUGUGGAAGCCCACCCGGAUGUCUACACAGAGAAGCAUCCCCACGCAGGUACAUAUGGAGACCCCCUUUUUACGGAAAAAUUGUCGCCCAUAGAAUUCAUCAAGGAGAUAAAACUACAGCAUGACGAGUUCAACGAAAUAUUAAACAGAAAUAGCAUCACGAGGGAAGAAACAGAAAAUCUGCUAGACUACAAAAAAUACAUAAAGGAGAAGUGCGGGUAUGACCUCGGGGAGUGGAUGAACAGUAGCAGCAGUUCCCUCAAAGGGAGGCAAAUUAGCAGUAAAAAAGGAAGCCAAAAAGAAUCAACCAAUUUAACCAACAGGGACAUCGAUCCCGAUGUGGAAGAUAAAAAAGCCGACAAGUUUCAAAAUGCCGAAACGAAACAUCACCAUGCAAAUGAAGAAAGACACUCAAGUCAGAAGCGAGAAUAUUUAAAUGACUCUACAGGAAGACGUCCAGAUCUUAUAAUCUCAAAGGAGAAUUAUUUCCCUACUGGAGGCAUCGAUUUCGACAAAUAUACAAAAUAUAAGGUAGACUUCAUUAUCCUGGACAAAGCUAAGGAUGCUUUCAUGCAGAAAUUGGAUAAGUACGUUGAACUGCUUAGCAGGUGUGACAGUAGAAGUGACGAGAAUGAGUGCAUCGGCCAAGUGGCCGCUGUCGUGGACAUACUAGAAAGAUUAAACAACUUAAGGAGAAACAUUCACUUCGUUAUUUAG